UUGUGUUCCACUAUAAACUCAUUCCGCAUAGCUUCUGAUGAAUACAAAUUAUUCCAGAUGAUAUCUGAUACCUAAAAUAACUAAAAUUUUGUAUUCUACUGACUGAAAUGAGACAAUCUUCAUCGCGACGUGCCUUUAUCUAUGGAAUACCAGCACUAGUUUUGGCAUUUGUCAUACUAUGGAAUGAAAGCUGGUCAUAUUGGUGGUUAUCUAGACAGUGGCCUGAGCAUGAGGAAAACGGAAGAUGUGAUCGGAUACUUAUCGUUGCAGAUCCUCAGUUAAUUGGAUACAAGAAUGAAAAAUUUGGAGAAAUUUCCAGAUGGGACAGUGAUAGAUAUCUUGCAACUGGAUACAGCUAUGCAAAAUGGCGAUUCUUACCAACUACUGUUAUGUUUCUUGGAGACUUAUUUGAUGAAGGGAUCGAGUCAAAUGAUGACGAGUGGUAUGAAACAUAUGAACGAUUUAUUGGAAUUUACCCGAUUGAUCGAGGCGAUAAUGCAAUUUACAUUGCUGGAGAUAAUGACAUCGGCGGAGAGUCGGAACUAAUUUCAGAAUCGCGAAGAAAUCAAUUUUAUAAUUAUUUUCGAAAUAAUGUUUCGGAUUUGAAAGAUAGAUAUUCAAUCAGUGAAACAUAUCUUUUCGAGAAUCCGAUAUUAAAGCAUAUCACAAAAGCUCAAGUUCCAGUUGCAAAAAUAAUGUUGACCCAUGUUCCGUAUCUAGUCGAAGGAUACAAGCACUCGGAUGUGGGGCAAAAAAUGGAUUUAAUACUAUCUGCUCACGAUCACACUACUGGAAUCUAUGAAUAUCAGCGAUCGGCGCCACGAGCCGUUCUAUUCACACGAGUUUCUGACGUUUCACCAACAUACUUCAAAAAUAUAGGGCAAAAUGAACCGCUUAUUGAGUUACAAACGCCUACAUGUUCAUAUCGAAUGGGAGUUUACUCAAUGGGAUACGGAGCCCUUUCAAUUUGUCGUCUGAACGAUGACUACAGGAGUGUUCAAGUUCAAUACUCUGUUCUUUGGCUUCCUUCUCGAUUUGCUCAACUCUUUUUAUACAUAUUCUCACUAAUAUUCUCCGCUUUUUGGAUAAUUUUCCAAAAGCGGUGUCGUACUCGUCGAUAUUCUUGGAUGCUGUGAUAUUUCCUUUGAAUUGUGAUUUUAACUCUUGAUCUCAUUUUGUACACGAGUCUUUGUUUCUUUUUAAAUGAAUAUUUAUUUAAUAUG